AUGGACAUACAUCGUUGUAGGUUUGUGGAUUAUAGCCCACACACUAUUACUGCCGUAUCCUUUUCAAAAAAGUCUUCCUUGGAACAAAUAAAAACAAGUGAUCUUCGAUUAGCUGUGGGUAGAAGUAAUGGAGAUAUUGAAAUCUGGAAUCCUAAAUUCAAUUGGGUGCAUGAGUUGACACUUCCUGGAUCACGAGGAAGGUCUAUUGAGGGAUUGUGUUGGGCUCAUGGAAACGAUGGCUUCCCUAGAUUAUUUUCGAUUGGUGGAUCAACGUAUAUAACUGAGUGGGACUUGAGUACAUGUGAACCUAUUGCAAAUUAUGACUGCAACGCUGGAGUUAUAUGGACUAUAGAUGUAAAUGAAAGUGCAGAUAAAUUAUGUGUGGGAUGCGAUGAUGGGUCUGUCGUGAUAGUUGAUAUAUCUGGAGGAUAUGGAUCACUAGAGCACGAACACAUUUGCCAAAGACAAGAUUCCAGAGUCUUGAGUGCGAAAUGGUUUGGAAAUGAACAGAUAGUAGGAGGAUGUUCAGAUGCUAGAAUAAGGUGCUGGUCUGCAAAUGGAGAGACAAAAGGCAGGAUACUAGGCACCAUGAGAGUCGAUAAAUCCAAAUCGGAAAGUACUCUAGUGUGGUCGAUUACCGUCCUUCCAAAAAGAAGACAGAUUGUAAGUGGAGAUUCUACGGGAUCAGUAAAGUUCUGGGAUAUCAAUUAUUAUACUUUGACUCAAAGUUUCAAAGUCCAUGAAGCCGAUGUGUUAAGCUUGGUUAGUGAUUUAAAUGAGGAAAGAAUCUUUUCAGCCGGAGUUGAUAGAAAGAUUCAUCAGUUUUCUUUGAUCCAGAACUUGAAAGGAUCAAAAUGGAUACAUAAUUUCUCAAGAUUAUUGCAUUCUAAUGAUGUAAGAUCGAUGGCUAUUUAUGAGAGUAAGAGUUAUAAUUUUUUAAUCAGUGGUGGCGUUGAGAAAUCAAUUGUGAUCCAAUCGCUACUCAACUUUCAGGACGGAAAAUACAGAAAAAUAAUAGUUCCCCAACAAAAGUCUAAUAUUUUGGUAAACAAAAGCAAGAGAAUUAUUGUUCUCUGGCAAGAUCAAACUGUCAAAAUUUGGAAGCUAAGCGAUGGAAAGCAUCGUCUUAUUUCAAAGUUGACAUUGAAGGACGAUGAUAAUAUUACAUCUGUUGAUAUCAAUAGAAGUGGUAAUUGUUUAGCGGUGGCAACAUUGUCUAGUGUUAAAAUCUUCCACUUGAAAGAAAAGAAUGAACUGAAGCUUCAAGUUUCAAAAAUAAGAGAUGAUGAAUUCAAUUCCUCUAUUGACGGUGCUAAGAAGGUUAAAUUAUUUUCCGAUAAUCAGUUGAUGGUUCUUACAUCAAAUGAAGACUUUUACACUUUCAAAAUUGAAGAAAAUCAUGUCUUAUUUAAAAACAAGAUAGAGCUAUCAUCUGAAAAGAAAUCGUUUAUUCCUUAUGCCAAUAAUAUCAACAAUUUGACCAUUUCUCCUGAUGAAACCACGAUAACCAUAUCACGAUUCAAUGGAACAGUAGAAGUCAUUUCUCUCGCUGAUGGUUCAGUUUUCCCGUUAACCAGACUUUCGACAUGCCCUCAUUUAAUUCAUUAUUCAGAGAACGACAAAAUCUUGGUCCUUUCAGAAGAUAAUAAACUUUACGAAUUCUUUAUAAAGCAGGAUUUGAAAAACUCUCUUUUAACUCCUUGGUCGAAGAGAAACAGUGAGUUUUUGCCCAAACUGUUUUUGUCGUUAGAAGAAAAGCCGGAAGGCAUCAUAGUACUCAACAAUAGAGUUUGGAUAUACGGUACAAAUUGGAUAUCGUUUUUUGACUUAUCUACUAAUAUUCCAAUCAACAAAAGCUUUCAAAAUUUGUCUUCGAAGAAAAGAAAAAGGGAUAGUUUAACUAUUAUUGAUAACGAAGAUGUAGAUUUUGACGGAGAAGCUGAUGAGGAAGAAGAAAAUGCAGAAAUUUUAGAAUUAUCCUUGAAGCAGAGCCAUGUUGAUAAGUUGAGAAGACAAAUACAAGACAAUGAAGAGGAAGCAAGCGAUGAUGAGAAAAGACCAUAUUGGCUCACUCAAAAAUACAAGUACAUUUUAAAAGUUGACUUAUUGAGUAGUUCAGAAAUUAUUGUCAUAGAAAGGCCCCAAUUCCCUAUUUCAUCGUCACCAGCAUACGAUUUGCCAAAGUUGAGAAUUUAA